AACGGUUGGCAACUUUGUUGCAAAUAUGAUGCAAUGUUGGAAGACUGAACUAUUUGUUGGCAAUAUAAGCUAUGGAAUGGUCAAUGUUAGGCGUGGGAUCUUUCAGGGAGACUCCUUGUCGCCAUUGCUCUUUAUCAUUGCCAUGAUACCUCUGUCAAUAAUCUUACGACAAACAAACUGUGGUUAUCAAACAUCAAAAAAAUCUCAAAGAAUUUCACAUCUGCUAUAUAUGGAUGACUUGAAGCUCUAUGGAAGAGGUGAAACUGAAAUCUGUUCUUUGACUAACACUGUCCGAAUCUUCAGUAACGAUAUCAGAAUGGAGUUGGGACUGGACAAGUGUGCAACUGUACAGUCCCAACUCUGAGGAGGCACUGAGGAGGGGCAAAAUCACAGAAAGUGAGGCUAUUAAUAUGCCAAAUGGUCAAACCAUAAAGUGCCAUCAGCCAGAAGCCUACAAAUACCUGGGCAUACUGCAGCUGGAAAGUAUCAGGCACGAGCAAGUGAAAACCGUAAUUAGUAGAGAGUAUACUCAGAGGAUUAGAAAGAUUCUCAAAAGCAAGCUCAAUGGAGGCAAUACCAUCAAGGCCAUGAACACCUGGGCUAUACCUGUCAUUAGAUACACUGCGGGUAUUAUAAACUGGACACAAGCAGAAUUGGACAAUCUCGAUAGAAAAACAAGAAAACUCAUGACCAUUUAUUGUUCGCUACAUCCGCGCAGCGAUGUAGACCGGUUGUAUCUGCCUAGAAGGUUGGGUGGUAGAGGCCUAUUACAAGUAAAGCAAACUGUUGAAGAAGAAAAAUAUGCACUGGCAGAAUAUGUCAAGGACAGUGGUGAGCCUGCAUUGAUUGCUGUCAAUGAUAGAAAACUCCUUAAAGCACAGCAGACAAAGAAUCAGUAUAAGAAAACUACAUUACAAGCUAGAGCUGAUAGCUGGCGUAAUAAGGCGUUACAUGGACAGUUCCUGGACAAAAUUGAAGGAAAGGUGGAUAAAGAAAGAACCUGGUUAUGGCUUACCAAUGGAGCAUUGAAGAAGGAGACAGAAGGCCUGAUUUUUGCAGCCCAGGAACAAGCAAUCAGAACAAAUGCAAUUAAGGCAAGAAUUGAAAAAUCUGCUGAUGAUCCAACAUGCAGAUUAUGUAAAGAAGCUGAUGAAACUAUUGAUCAUAUUCUCAGCUGCUGCAAAAAAAUUGCACAGACAGACUAUAAACAGAGA